AACACAUCAGAACUGUGCUGACAAAGGGAGUCGCUGGCAUUGGGAAAACAGUCUCUGUGCAGAAGUUCAUCCUGGACUGGGCUGAAGGAAAAGAGAAUCAGGACGUCCAGCUCAUAUUUCCACUUCCUUUCAGAGAGCUCAACUUGAUGAAGGACAAAACACUCAGUCUUUCAGAUCUUCUUCAUGUCUUUUUCCCUGAAAUAAAAGAAAUUAAAGUAUCCAGUGAAAAAUAUAAAGUGUUGUUCAUCUUUGAUGGCCUGGAUGAGUAUCAUCUAUCUCUGGAUUUUCAGAGCGAUGUGAGGCUGUGUGAUGUGACUGAAUCAGCCUCAGUGGAUGUGCUGCUGACAAACCUCAUUGCGGGGAAUCUGCUUCCCUCUGCUCUCAUCUGGAUCACCUCCAGACCUGCAGCAGCUGAUCUCAUCCCCUCUGAGUGUGUCCAUCGAGUGACAGAGGUACGAGGCUUCAGUGACAAACAGAAGGAGGAAUACUUCAGGAAGAGAAUCAGUGAUCAGAGUCUGGUCGAAAGGAUCAUCUCACACCUGAAGUCAUCAAGGAGCCACUUUAUUAUGUGUCACAUCCCAGUAUUCUGCUGGAUCUCAGCCACUGUUCUAGAGAAGAUAUUGAGUGAAGCAGAGAGUGGAGAGAUUCCUAAGACUCUCACUCAAAUGUACACACAUUUCCUGAUCCUUCAGACCAUUAUUAAACAUGAGACGGACUAUGAGAAGAAAGUAAAAGAUGUAGCCAUGAUUAUCAAACUGGGGAAACUGGCCUUCCAACAACUUGUGAAAGGCAACCUGAUCUUCUAUGAGGAAGACCUGAGAGAGUGUGGCAUUGAUGUGACAGAAGAAUCAGUGUACUCAGGAUUGUGCACUCAGAUCCUCAGAGAGGAGUUGGGCUUGUAUCAGGGAAAAGUCUUUUGCUUUGUUCAUCUGAGCAUCCAGGAACAUCUAGCAGCUUUAUAUGUGCAUCUCUCCUUUAUAAACAAUAACAUCAAUGUAUUUGACCAGAUUACCAAACCAACUAAUGGAGACAAAGUUUCACUAUCUGAUCUCCAUCAGAGAGCAGUGGAUGAGGCUAUAGACAGUAAAAAUGGGCAACUGGACCUUUUCCUUCGUUUCCUUCUGGGUCUGUCAGUGGAGUCUAAUCAGAGUCUCUUACAAGAGCUAAUGACACAGACAGGAAACAGCUCUCACAACAACAAGAAAACAGUUCACUACAUUAAAGAAAAGAUCAAUGAGAAUCCCUCUCCAGAUAAAUACAUCAAUCUGUUUCACUGUCUAAAUGAACUGGGUGAUCUUUCACUAGUGAACGAAGCUCAACUACAUAUGAGCUUUAGAGGAUUACGAAAUGUGAAACUCUCCUCAUCUCAGUGGUCAGCUUUAGUGUUUGUGUUGUUGACCUCAGAGGAGGCAAUGCAUCAAUUUAACCUGAACAGCUUAAUUGGAGGUGGAAUUUAUAAUGAUGCAUCUGUCACCCUGAAAGCACAAAAUACAGCAGAUGAAGUUCUUCAGAAGCUGCUGCCUGUGGUUACAGCUACUAGAUCAGCUGAGUUGAUUAAUUGUGGUGUCACAGAUGAAGGCUGUGCUGCUCUGGCUUCAGCUCUGAGAUCAAACCCCUCACACCUAAGAGAACUGAAUUUGAAUGGGAAUAAACUAGGGGACUCAGGAGUGAAGCUUCUCUCUGCUGUACUGGAGAAACCUCAGUGUAAACUGAAGAAUUUAAGAUUAAGUGAUUGUGGUGUCACAGAUGAAGGUUGUGGUGCUCUGGCUUCAGCUCUGAGAUCAAAUCCCUCACACUUGAGAGAACUGGAGCUGUAUGGGAAUAAACUAGGAGACUCAGGGGUGAAGCUGCUCUCUGCUGUACUGGAGAAUCCUCACUGUAAACUGAAGACACUGUGGUUGAUUGAUUGUGGUGUUACAGAUCAAGGUUGUGCAGCUCUGGCUUCAGCUCUCAGAUCAAACCCCUCACACCUUAGAGAACUGGAUCUGUCUGUGAAUAAUAUAGGAGACUCCGGAGUGAAGCUGCUCUCAGCUGGACUGGAGAAUCCCCACUGUAAACUGGAGAGACUAUGGUUGAGUAAUGGUGUCACAGAUGAAGGUUGUGCUGCUCUGGCUUCAAUUCUGAGAUCAAACCCCUCACAUCUGAGAGAACUGUAUCUGUCAUAUAAUAAUCUAGGAGACUCAGGAGUGAAGCUGCUCUCUUACGGACUGAAGAAUCCUCACUGUGAACUGGAGAAACUGUGGUUGAGGAAGUGUGAUGUCACAGAUGAAGGUUGUGUUGCUCUUGCUUCAGCUCUGAGAUCAAACCCUUCACACCUGAGAAAACUGGAUCUGUCUGGGAAUAAACUAGGAGACUCAGGAGUGAAGCUGCUGAAUAUGCUGAAAUAUGAACCACAUUAUAAACUGGAGAUACUAAGUGUGGAUUCACAAGGAUCCAGAGAUAGAGAUUUUCGUCCAGGAUGCAGUUCAAUCCAGCAGAAGAGCUCAAACCCAGAGUCUAGCUGUGUGUCUGUGAAGAGUAACUGGUCUAUGGAUAAGCCACUAAUGCUUAAGAUUGGAAAAACAUGGCCUGAUCUCAGUUCAGUCCAGCAGAAGAGCUCAAACCCAGAGUCUAGCUGUGUGUCUGUGAAGAGUAACUGGUCUAUGGAUAAGCCACUAAUGCUUAAUAGUGGAAACGCACAGCUUGAUCUCAGUUCAGUCCAGCAGAAGAGCUCAAACCCAGAGUCUAGCUGUGUGUCUGUGAAGAGUAACUGGUCUAUGGAUAAGCCACUAAUGCUUAAUAGUGGAAACGCACAGCUUGAUCUCAGUUCAGUCCAGCAGAAGAGCUCAAACCCAGAGUCUAGCUGUGUGUCUGUGAAGAGUAACUGGUCUAUGGAUAAGCCACUAAUGCUUAAUAGUGGAAAGGCACAGCUUGAUCUCAGUUCAGUCCAGCAGAAGAGCUCAAACCCAGAAUCCAGCUUUGUGUCUAUGAAGACUUCUCUGUAUGGGCAACUUCAGUUUAAGAGUGAAGACACAUGGCCAAUCAGGUCAACUCUUCUAUCCAGUCCAGUUAAAAACAAAACUGUUUACAUGCCUAUGAUUCAACCACAAGACAUUAAUGGAAGCAUGUAUCCAGGUUUCAGCCAUGAAUCUAAAUUUGCUGAAGUCCUCAACACAUUAAGAUUAAAUCUGAGAAAGAAGUUUGAGUGUUUGUAUGAGGGAAUAUCAAAGCAGGUAAGCCCAACACUCCUGAAUGAGAUCUAUACAGAGCUCUACAUCACAGAGAGUGAAAGUGGAGAGAUCAAUAAUGAGCAUGAGGUGAGACAGAUUGAGACACAAUCCAGGAGAGCAGCAACAGAGGACACACCAAUCAAAUGCAAUGACAUCUUUAGACCUUUACCUGGACAAGACAAACCCAUCAGAACUGUGCUGACAAAGGGAGUCGCUGGCAUUGGAAAAACAGUCUCUGUACAGAAGUUCAUCCUAGACUGGGCUGAAGGGAAAGUGAAUCAGGACGUCCAGCUCAUAUUUCCACUUCCUUUCAGAGAGCUCAAUUUGAUGAAGAACGAAACACUCAGUCUUUCAGGUCUUCUUCAUGUCUUUUUUCCUGAAACAAAAAUGGAAAUAUCCAGUGACAAAUAUAAAGUGUUGUUCAUCUUUGAUGGUUUGGAUGAGUGUCGUCUGUCUCUGGAUUUUCAGAGCGAUGUGAGGUUGUGUGAUGUAAGUGAAUCAGCCUCAGUGGACGUGCUGCUGAUGAACCUCAUUGCAGGGAAUCUGCUUCCCUCUGCUCUCAUCUGGAUCACCUCCAGACCAGCAGCAGCUGAACUCGUCCCCUCUAAGCGUGUCCAUCGAGUGACAGAGGUGCGAGGCUUCAAUGAGCCACAGAAGGAGGAAUACUUCAGGAAGAGAAUCAGUGAUCAGAGUCUGGCCAAUAAAAUCAUCUCACACCUGAAGUCUUCAAGGAGCUUCUACAUCAUGUGCCACAUCCCAGUGUUCUGCUGGAUCUCAGCCACUGUUCUAGAGAAGAUGUUGACUGAAGCAGAUGGAGAGAUUCCCAAGACUCUCACUCAAAUGUACACACGCUUCCUGAUCAUUCAGACCAACAUUCAGAAGAACCUGACAGAUGAAGACAUGAUCCUCAAACUGGGGAAAGUGGCUUUUCAGCAGCUUGUGAAAGGCAAUGUGAUCUUCUAUGAGAAAGACCUGAGAGAGUGUGGCAUUGAUGUGACAGAAGCAUCAGUGUACUCUGGAUUGUGCACUCAGAUCUUCAGAGAGGAGCCAGGCUUGUAUCAGGGGACAGUCUUCUGCUUUGUUCAUCUGAGCAUUCAGGAACAUCUAGCAGCUUUAUAUGUGCACCUCUGCUUCACAAACAACAACAGAAAUGACCCAGUCAUCGAACCAGGUUUGUUGUCUAUAAUUAAGGACCGGUUUCAACUCAUGUUUAAACAUGUUUCAUUUUCUGAGCUCCAUCAGAGAGCUGUGAAUGAGGCUCUACCGAGUAAAAAUGGACAUCUGGACCUUUUCCUGCGGUUCCUUCUGGGUCUGUCAGUCGAAUCUCAUCAGAUUCUCCUAAAGGGACUAAUGACACUGAGAAGAAUCCAAUCUGACAGAAAUGAGAAAACAGUUGAGUACAUUAAGGAGAAGAUCAGGACCAUUGACUCUCCAGAGAAAUCCAUCAAUCUGUCCCACUGUCUGAAUGAACUGGGUGAUCAUUCACUAGUGGAGGAAAUACAACAAUAUCUGAAAUCUGGAAUAAUAAGUGAAGCCAGACUCUCUUCAUCUCAGUGGUCAGCUGUAGUUUUUGUGUUGUUGACAUCAGAGAAGAAGCUGGAUGAGUUUGAUAUUAAUACAUUUCUUGGAGAAAAUAAUAAAGCUGAAAAACUGAUGGUUCUUCAGAAGCUGAUGCAUGUGAUUAAAGUUCAUUUGAGUGAUUGUGGAGUCACAGAGAAAGAUUGUGCUGCUCUGACUUCAGUUCUGACAUCAAACCCCUCACAGCUGAGAGAACUGGAUCUGGAUAGUAAAAAACUACGAGAUUCGGAUAUGAAGCUUCUCUCUGUUGUACUGGAAGAUCCUGACUGUAAACUGGAGAAACUCUGGUUGAGUGAUUGUGGUAUCACAGAUGAAGGUUGUGCUGCUCUGACUUCAGCUCUGAGAUCAAACCCCUCACACCUGAGAGUAAUGGAUCUGACUGGGAAUAAACUAGGAGAUUCAGUUCAUCUGCUUUCUGCUGUACUGGAGGAUCCUCACUGUAAACUGGAGAAACUGUGGUUGAGUGAUUGUGGUAUCACAGAUGAAGGUUGUGCUGCUCUGACUUCAGCUCUGAGAUCAAACCCCUCACACCUGAGAGAACUGAGUCUGUCUGGGAAUAAACUAGGAGAUUCAGUUCAUCUGCUCUCUGCUGUACUGGAGGAUCCUCACUGUAAACUGGAGAAACUGUGGUUGAGGGAUUGUGGAGUCACAGAUGAAGGUUGUGCUGCUCUGGCUUCAGCUCUGAGAUCAAACCCCUCACACCUGAGAGAACUGAGUCUGCCUGUGAAUAAAGUAGGAGAUUCAGUUCAUCUGCUCUCUGCUGUACUGGAGGAUCCUCGCUGUAAACUGGAGAUACUGUGGUUGUGUGAUUGUGGAGUCACAGAUGAAGGUUGUGCUGCUCUGACUUCAGCUCUGAGAUCAAACCCCUCACACCUGAGAGAACUAAAUCUGUCUAUGAAUAAACUAGGAGAUUCAGUUCAUCUGCUCUCUGCUGUACUGGAGGAUCCUCACUGUAAACUGGAGAAACUGUGGUUGAGUGAUUGUGGAGUCACAGAUGAAGGUUGUGCUGCUCUGGCUUCAGCUCUGAGAUCAAACCCCUCACACCUGAGACAACUGAGUCUGUCUGUGAAUAAACUAGGAGAUUCAGAUGUGAAGCUUCUCUCUGAUCUAAAGAAUGAUCCACAUUAUAAACUGGAGACACUAUAUUACAACUGACUCUCAGUAUUCAGACGUCAGUCCAGUUUCCUCAGGAUCAGCUGAUGGUGAAUAAGGAGCCGCUACAGAGACGUCACAGUCACACAGUCAACAGAGACUGAAGACACAGAGACACACAGAUCACUGUCAUGUGUGUGACUUCACAGCAGUUUCUUGUUUGUAUCUUUUUGUGGGUCUGAUCUUUUGAAUUGCAGUUGACAUCAGAUUUCCACAAUGAUCUAAUAGAGUAUUUGAACUCACUUAUAAAUAAUAUAAAAUUCUUUUAUUUGUGACCCAUGAAAACAAGUGUUGAAAAUUUAUUUGGUUAUUAGAUAGUGUGCUACUUGAUUACAAUGUUUAUUGUGUAACAUCCAACACUGAAAGUGACAUGAAAUUACAAAAUUACAUUAUUUUAAUCAACAAGAUAUAGACACAGUGUAUAUAGUGUAAGUAAUUUAUUAUUUAAGAAAAAAUGUCAGAGUUUAGAGAGUUUAUAGCUUUACAAGAGUGUAAUUAUAGAGUGAUAGAAGUAUUUUAAAUAUAUCUGUUACCAGCAAAGAGUGACAAAGAUGAUUCCAUCAAAAAUUCAUUUUUUUAUUGUUUUAUAUGUUGAUGACCUAUUAAAUUGUAUCCUUAAAUCUCA